AUGCACCGUGUGUUCAACCCACCGUGUCUUAAACCUACCGUGUGUUCAACCCACCGUGUUUUCAACCCACCGUGUGUUCAACCCACCGUGUGUUCAACCUAUCGUGUGUUCAACCCACCGUGUGUUCAACCCACUUUCUCCCUCUUUCCAUCACCCCUCCCCAUUAUCCCUCUUUCCAUCACCCCGCCCCAUUCUCCCUCUUUCCAUCACCCCGCCCAAUUCUCCCGCUUUCCAUCACCCCGCCCCAUUCUCCCUCUUUCCAUCACCCCGCCCCAUUCUCCCGCUUUCCAUCACCCCGCCCCAUUCUCCCGCUUUCCAUCACCCCGCCCCAUUGUCCCUCUUUCCAUCACCCCGCCCCAUUCUCUCACUUUCCACCACCCCGCUCCAUUCUCUUGCUUUUCAUCACCCCGCCCAAUUCUUCCUCUUUCCAUCACCCCGCCCCAUUCUCCGGCUUUCCAUCACACCACCCCAUUCUCCCGCUUUCCAUCGUCACGCCCCAUUUUCCCUCUUUCCAUCACCCCGCCCCAUUCUCCCGCUUUCCAUCACCCUGCUCCAUUCUCCCGCAUUCCAUCACCCCGCCCAGUUCUCCCUCUUUCCAACACCCCUUCCCAUUCUCCCUCUUUCCAUCACCCCGCCCCAUUCUCCCUCUUUCCAUCACCCCGCCCCAUUCUCCCGCUUUCCAUCACCCCGCCCCAUUCUCCCGCUUUCCAUCACCCAGCCCCAUUCUCCCUCUUUCCAUCACCCCGCCCCAUUCUCCCGCUUUCCAUCACACCACCCCAUUCUCCCGCUUUCCAUCACCACGCCCCAUUUUCCCUGUUUCCAUCACCCCGCCCCAUUCUCCCGCUUUCCAUCACCCCGCCCCAUUCUCCCGCUUUCCAUCACCUCGCUCCAUUCUCCCGCAUUCCAUCACCCCGCCCAAUUCUCCCUCUUUCCAUCACCCCUCCCCAUUCUCCCGCUUUCCAUCACCCCGCCCCACUCUCCCGCUUUCCAUCACCCCGCCCCAUUCUCCCUCUUUCCAUCACCCCUCCCUAUUCUCCCUCUUUCCAUCAACCCGCUCCAUUCUCCCGCUUUCCAUCACCCCGCCCCAUUCUCCCGCUUUCCAUCACCCCACCCCAUUCUCCCGCUUUCCAUCACCCCGCUCCAUUCUCCCGCUUUCCAUCACCCCGCCCAGUUCUCCCUCUUUCCAUCACCCCUCCCCAUUAUCCCUCUUUCAAUCACCCCGCCCCAUUCUCCCUCUUUCCAUCACCCCGCCCCAUUCUCCUGCUUUCCAUCACCCCGACCCAUUCUCCCUCUUUCCAUCACCCCGCCCCAUUCUCCCGCUUUCCAUCACCCCGCCCCAUUCUCCCGCUUUCCAUCACCCCGCCCCAUUGUCCCUCUUUCCAUCACCCCGCCCCAUUCUCCCGCUUUCCAUCACCCCGCUCCAUUCUCCCGCUUUCCAUCACCCCGCCCAGUUCUCCCUCUUUCCAUCACCCCUCCCCAUUAUCCCUCUUUCCAUCACCCCGCCCCAUUCUCCCUCUUUCCAUCACCCCGCCCCAUUCUCCCGCUUUCCAUCACCCCGCCCCAUUCUCCCGCUUUCCAUCACCCCGCCCCAUUCUCAAGCUUUCCAUCACCCCGCCCCAUUCUCCCGCUUUCCAUCACCCCGCCCCAGUCUCCCUCUUUCCAUCACCUCGCCCCAUUCUCCCGCUUUCCAUCACCCCGCCCCAUUCUCCCGCUUUCCAUCACCCCGCCCCAUUCUCCCGCUUUCCAUCACCCCGCCCCAUUCUCCUGCUUUCCAUCACCCCGCCCCAUUCUCCCUCUUUCCAUCACCCCGCCCCAUUCUCCCGCUUUCCAUCACCCCGCCCCAUUCUCCCGCUUUCCAUCACCCCGCCCCAUUGUCCCUCUUUCCAUCACCCCGCCCCAUUCUCCCGCUUUCCACCACCCCGCUCCAUUCUCUUGCUUUCCAUCACCCCGCCCAAUUUUUCCUCUUUCCAUCACCCCGCCCCCUUCUUCCUCUUUCCAUCACCCCGCCCCAUUUUCCCGCCUUCCAUCACCCCGCCCCAUUCUCCAUCCUUCCAUCACCCCGCCCCAUUCUCCCUCUUUCCAUCACCCCGCCCGAUUCUCCAGCCUUCCAUCACCCAGCCCCAUUCUCCCUCUUUACAUCACCCCGCCCCAUUCUCCCGCUUUCCAUCAACCCGCCCCAUUCUCCCUCUUUCCAUCACCCCGCCCCGUUCUCCCUCUAUCCAUCACCCCGCCCCAUUCUCCCGCUUUCCAUCACCCCUCCCCAUUCUCCCGCUUUCCAUCACCCCGCCCCAUUCUCCCGCUUUCCAUCACCCCGCCCCAUUCUCCCGCUUUCCAUCAACCCGCCCCAUUUUCCCGCUUUCCAUCACCCCGCCCGAUUCUCUUUCUUUCCAUCACCUCGCCCCAUUCUCCCGCUUUCCAUCACCCCGCCCCAUUCUCCCGCUUUCCAUCACCCCGCCCCAUUCUCCUGCUUUCCAUCACCCUGCCCAUUCUCCCGCUUUCCAUCACCCCGCCCCAUUCUCCCUCUUUCCAUCACCCCGCCCCAUUCUCCCGCUUUCCAUCACACCGCUCCAUUCUCCCGCUUUCCAUCACCCCGCCCAAUUCUCCCUACUUCCAUCACCCCUCCCCAUUCUCCCUCUUUCCAUCACCCCGCCCCAUUCUCCCUCUUUCCAUCACCCCGCCCCAUUCUCCCUCUUUCCGUCACCCCGCCACAUUAUCCCUCUUUCCAUCACCCUGCCCUAUUCUCCCUGUUUCCAUCACCCUGCCCCAUUCUCCCUAUUUCCAUCACCCCGCCCCAUUCUCCCGCUUUCAAUCACCCCGCCCCAUUCUCCCGCUUUCCAUCACCCCGCCCCAUUCUCCCACUUUCCAUCACCCCGUGCCGUUCUCCCGCUUCCCAUCACCCCACCCCGUUCUCCCGCUUUCCAUCACCCUGCCCCGUUCUCCCGUUUUCCAUCACCCCGCCCCGUUCUCUCUCUUUCCAUCACGCCAGUCAUUCUCCCGUUUUCCAUCACCCCUCCCCAUUCUCCCUCUUUCCAUCACCCCGCCCCAUUCUCCCUCUUUCCAUCACCCCGCCCCAUUCUCCCGCUUUCUAUCACCCCGCCCCAUUCUCCUGCUUUCCAUCACCCAGCUCCAUUCUCCCGCUUUCCAUCACCCCGCCUAAUUCUCCCUCUUUCCAUCACUCCUCCCCAUUCUCCCUCUUUCCAUCACCCCGCCCCAUUCUCCCGCUUUCCAUCACCCCGCCCCAUUCUCCCGCUUUCCAUCACCCCAAGCCAUUCUCCCUCUUUCCAUCACCCCGCCUCAUUCUCCCGCUUUCCAUCACCCCGCCCCAUUCUCCCGCUUUCCAUCACCCCGCCCCUUUGUCCUUCUUUCAAUCACCCCGCCCCAUUCUCCCUCUUUCCAUCACCCUGCCCCAUUCUCCCUCUUUCCAUCACCCCACCCCAUUCUCCCGCUUUCAAUCACCCCGCCUCAUUCUCCCCCUUUUCAUCACCCCGCCCCAUUCUCCCGCUUUCCAUCACCCCGCCCCAUUCUCCCGCUUUCCAUCAACCCGCCCCAUUCUCCCUCUUUCCAUCACCCCGCCCUAAUCUCCCUCUUUCCAUCACCCUGACCCAUUCUCCCGCUUUCCAUCACCCCGCCCCAUUCUCCCGCUUUCCAGCACCCCGCCCCAUUCUUCCGCUUUCCAUCAACCCGCCCCAUUCUCCCUCUUUUCAUCUCCCUGCUCCAUUCUCCCUCUCUCCAUCACCCCGCUCCAUUCUCCCGCUUUCCAUCACCCCGCCCCAUUCUCCCGCUUUCAAUCACCCCGCCCCAUUCUUCCGCUUUCCAUCACCCCGCCCCAUUCUCCCUCCCCAUUCUCCUGCUUUCCAUCACCCAGCCCCAUUCUCUCGCUUUCCAUCACCCCGCACCAUUCUCCCUCUUUCCAUCACCCCGCCCAAUUCUCCCUCUUUCCAUCACUCCUCCCCAUUCUCCCUCUUUCCAUCACCCCGCCACAUUCUCCCGCUUUCCAUCACCGCGCCUCAUUAUCCCUCUUUCCAUCACCCUGCCCCAUUCUCCCGCUAUCCAUCACACCGCCCUAUUCUCACGCUUUCCAUCACCCCGCCCCAUUCACCUGCUUUCCAUCACCCCGCCCCAUUCUCCCUCCUUCCAUCACCCCGCCCCAUUCUCCCACCUUCCAUAACCCCGCCCCAUUCUUCCGCUUUCCAUCACCCCGCCCCAUUCUCCCGCUUUCCAUCACCACGCCCCAUUCUCCAGCUUUCCAUCACCCCGUCCCAUUCUCCCUCUUUCCAUCACCCCGCCCCAUUCUCCCGCUUUCCAUCACCCCGCCCGAUUCUCCCGCUUUCCAUCACCCCGCCCAUUCUCCCACUUUCCAUCACCCCGCCCCAUUCUCCCGCCUUCCAUCACCGCGCCCCAUUCUGCCGCUCUCCAUCACCUUACCCCAUUCUCCCCCUUUCCAUCACCCCGCCCCAUUCUCCUGCUUUCCAUCACCCCGCCCCAUUCUCCCGCUUUCCAUCACCCCGCCCCAUUCUCCCUCUUUCCAUCACCCCGCCCCAUUCUCCCGCUUUCCAUCACCCCGCCCCAUUCUCCCGCUUCCCAUAA